GAGUCGCCGCCGCCUGCCGCGCGCCAUGGCCGCGCCGCGCCGCCGCUGACGAGCCGACCGCGCCCGAGCGCGACCAGCCCACCCUCGCCCCACGCCCGACCCUCGCUACGCCGCCGCUAGGUAACGUACCCUGGCCCUCCGACCCUCGUGCCCGCUCCCUCCCGCCCGACAUAUGUAGCUCACUAACAGUCGCCGCGGCCGUAUCUGAACUAUAAGUACUGGUGUUCGACGUCAGUGAUCGUGCUCAUCGUGUGUUCCACUCUCGACUGCUCUCAUGCUCUAUUGAUAGUUACUUUCAAAUGACCUCAGUAGAUGAAUUUGUGAAUUCAUCAGCAUGGCUUGUAAAGGUGUCGGGGGCGCAGCGCGGGCGCGAGCGGCAUGCGGCCCCUGCGGCAGACGCCCAUGGAGGUCGGCUAGCGGCGCGCGUGCACCCCGCGCGCCCGCACCGCCCCGACGACAACAUGGACCUCGCGUCAAUGCCCCGCCACCGACCACUCGCCUUCGAUAAGAUGGAAGCUUUGAUAAAAGAAAUGCAAGAUCCAGAGACCGGUGUACCAGUGCGGAGUCAAAAAUUGUUUCUUAGCUUCAUACCUUCUGCUUUUACGGGCUACGAUCUUGUCGAAUGGCUAAUGGAAAGGUUUAAUUUAGAUGAGACUACCAAUGGUGAGUUACGUGUUGAAGCAAUAAGUUUAGGCAAUCAACUCUGCCAAUAUGGUUACUUCUUUCCUGUCAACGAUUCGAAAAACCUUGUGUUAAAGGAUGAUUCUUCUCUUUAUAGAUUUCAAAGUCCUUACUACUGGCCAUGGCAAGGGCCGCGCGUGGCCGGCGCAGGGUCCUGUGCGCCGACGGUGGGCCCCGACAACGUGGAAUACGCCAUCUACCUCGUGAAGCGCACGCUUCGCAACAAGCAACGUCACGGCCUAGAGGAGUACGAGCAGGAAGCCCUCGCCAAUCUCAAAAAGAAUCUCGCUGCGAAGUGGGACUUCAUCACUAUGCAAGCUGAAGAACAAGUACGGUUAGCGAAGGAGAGGAAAAAAGGUGACAAAAUAGUGAGCGAUAGUCAAGAACGGGCGUACUGGAGGGUUGCCCGACCACCUCCUGGCGUGCCGAGCGCGCUGGAACCGUGCCCUGUGCCCGUACGCACGAGACAACCUAAGCCUAAGAAACGUACGAUAGAACAAGUUACUCGAGAGAUUGAACAUCUAAAAGCGAGCCUGGACCGUACGAGAGUGAAGACUUCUAUUGCCCUUGAGGCCCUUAUGGCCUAUUCGGAGACCUUCGCUCCGUACGAUGCCUGGCUCACGCCGCCGCAACCUUCCAACCCUUGGAUCACUGAAGACACUCUCUUCUGGCAGAUUAAUAGCCCAAUCGUGGAGGUACCAAGCGAAAAGCGUGUACAACGAUGGGCUCUGUCAAUAGAAGAACUGGUGUCUGACCCAACUGGCCUUCAAGAAUUCACUAGUUUCCUUAGAAAAGAAUAUUCACACGAAAACAUACGUUUCUGGCUUGCGGUUAUGGAUUUACGGCGAAGUAGUACUAAACAAAUACCUAAGAAACUAGAGGAUAUUUACGAGGAGUUCCUAAAACCCGGUGCGCCGUGCGAGAUAAACAUCGACGGUGCGACCGCCGAGCGCGUGGCCGAGGGCAUCCGGAGUGGCUCCCGGUACGCCCUGGACCACGCCGCGGACCACGUGUACGGCCUUCUGCUCAAGAAGGACUGCUACCCGCGGUUCAUACGCUCCGACCACUUCCAGCGGCUACUCACUGAGGGACGGAACGUGUACCAGAAGAAAGCCAAAUUUUUCAAUUUCGGCGGGCAAGUGAAGAAGAAGCCCGGUUCGACGAGCGGUAGUGGCGGCAGCGGCGGCGGCGUGGCGCUGUCGCGGCGCCGCGGUUCCGACCGCUCGCUGUCGGGCUCCGCGCACGAGCUGGCCGUGUGCGCCGCGCAGCCGCCGCGCGCGCCCGAGCCGCCGCCCCACAGCCACUCGCAGUCCAACCUUUGCGACAUACCCUUUAGGGAUCCCCUCGAUGAUGACACGGCGGACGUACUUCCAUGGGAGAGUUCGUCGAGGGAAUGUCCGUAUGGAGCUACGAGGAAGCGGCAAGAUUCGACUGCCGAUUCCGGAAGCUCGUCGUCGGACGUGAGCGCGGCGGUGGGCGCGAGCGAGCGCAUCAAGCGCCUGCCGCAGCAGAGCACGCUCGACGGCGGGCUGCGCGGCGCGCCGCCGCCCCUGCGCCGCCUGUCGGCCGUGGAGCCGCGCCACCUGGCCCCGCUCGCCUCGCCGCCGCACUCGCCGCGCAUGCCGCGCGUGGCGCCCGGCCCGCCCGCGCCUGCGCCGAUACCGUCGUACCACCCCACACCCACCAUCAGCGUUAGCUCUGCGCCGGACGAGGAGUCGGCGGGCUCGCCCUCGCGAACCGCUUCGCCGGAAGAUCGUCGUUCCCUGGCGCACUCCGAAGAGCCCUCCUCGGUGUUCGCGUCGGCGGACGCCACGCCCACGGAACCGGCCCUCGCCUUCGGCGAUCGGUGUACGAUGGCCAUCGACGCGGACGCUGCGACCGACAUCGGUGGUUCGAAAUCAGAAAUUUCAGAUGUAAAAUUAAAAGCGAUCUCGGAUGACACGGCGACCCUGACCGCGUCUAUCGGAUCAUGCGACGAAUCGCGAACGGAAUCGAAAGAAGAAUCGCACGCGGACUCCAAGGAGGAGUCGGCAAGGUCUGGUGACGAUGAACCUGCGUCCGUGCGUCUGCCGCCAUCCCGGGAAGCGUCCGUAUCUUUAGAGAGCAAGUCGACCCCGAGUAGGGAGGUCGGGGAUGUUAAGAGAAAAGAAGACAUAGCUAGUCGGAUGGAAGGCGAACCCGCGAGUGUCGUGAGUAGUGCGGUUCCGGAGGCGACGGCCGCGCCGAGCGCUCCGCCGGCAGCGCUGCCGGUGGCGCCGCUCGCGGUCUGCGAAGACAUCGGCGUCGACGACGACAACGCGGACAAAGUGCCUUCGCUGCCACCGCAGAGAGUCUCCGGAGAUUCCAAGACGGCGUCCGAGUCUGACGCGUUGAAAAAAAUUGCUCAUAGAGACGAACUGUCGUCGGUUUCAGAAUCUGAUAUAGUUAAGCGUGAAAGUAAAAGCGGAGUCAGUGAACGUAAGCAGCGAAACGACAUUUGUCCCUGGGAGGACGAGAGUUCCUGCGAGACCGACGCUCCCUUUGUUAAAACUUAUGCAACGCUCGGUUAUUUAUAAUAUAAUUUAUGUAGGCGAAUGUCGAGAAUAUUUUAUGAUGUCAGGGUUAUAGACAAAAAAUAUUUAAUUUUUUAUCUUAGGCCCUAUGUUUCGAUUCUCACAGAGUUAGAGCAUUAUUGUGUAAUUAUAUGAAUAUUUUGAAGUAAAUGAUCGUUAAUUAUUAGAA